AUGCUCUUCAACAACGCCAUUGUCGCCUUCGCUCUCAGCGUCGCUGUCAACGCCCUUCCCCAGACAUACCCCAAUAAGUGUGGCGACCAAGUCUGCCCUGCCGAUAAAGCCAAAUGCUGCCAGGUUAUUGUCAACGGAGUUGCUGAAAUUGGAUGCUUCGAGGAAUGCCCUGCUCCACCCUCAGCCCAAGAAAAACUUCGACGCCGCGAGCAACCCACGGCCACUACUGCAGCUUCUCCGUCCAUUGCCACCUUUGGUCCCAAGUGCGGAGACUCUUUCUUCUGCCCUGUCGGCCAGGUCUGCUGCCCUAAUGCGCUCUACCACUGUGUCGAUCCUGACAAGGUCAGCCAACAGUGCCCUCAGUAA